CACCGGCUAUAAAAGCCCUGCCUUUUUCAUAGAAUUAUUUAGUUCGCUUUCGACAGUGUAAAAAACCAAUCUACAAACAUGAAAUUCUUCAUUGUCUUCUUCGCCUUGAUCGCGAUGGUCUUUGCCGGUGGCUAUGGUGGACAUGGUGGACAUGGCCAGCAAGAAUUCGGACAAGGUGGACAUGGCCAGCAAGGAUUCGGACAGGGCGGACAUGGCCAGCAAGGAUUCGGACAGGGUGGACACGGCCAGCAAGGAUUUGGACAGGGCGGACACGGCCAGCAAGGAUUCCGACAAGGUGGACAUGGCCAGCAAGGAUUCGGACAGGGCCGACACGGAUUCGGACAAGGUGGACACGGUGAACGCGGACACUACUAAAAUACUGAUUAAAUAAAAAUUUAUAAACCUAAAAACCCCUAAA